CCCCGGGAGGCGCUGAUUGGCUGGUAGCUCCUGCAUCGCGAUGAGAAGGGCGCGGCCCCCUGCCGGCCGGGUCACGCGUUGUCUGGCCCAGCAGCUGCUCGCUGCCGGGCGGGCGCUAUAAGAGGCCGGCGGGCGGCAGGGGCGUUACGGGCGCAGCUGACCAUGGCCGCGGUGGAUCUCGCCAAAGUGGGAGCCCACUCGCUGAAGCACGCAGUGAGCGGGCAGGUGGUGGAGCUGCGGGCCCUGUGGAGGGACCAGCCAUGUGUGGUGCUCUUCCUGCGGCGGUUUGGCUGCCAGGUUUGCCGCUGGAUUGCCAAGGAGACCAGCAAACUGAAAGACCUGCUGGAGAGUCACAACGUCCGCCUGAUUGGUGUGGGGCCGGAGAGCAUAGGCCUGCAGGAGUUCAUCGAUGGGAACUACUUCAAAGGAGAACUCUAUCUUGAUGAGACUAAGCAGUGCUACAAUGACCUGGGUUUCAAAAGGUACAAUGCCUUGAGUAUAGUUCCUGCUGCUCUGGGGAAAUCAGUUCGAGAAGUUGUCACGAAGGCAAAUGCGGACGGCAUCCAAGGCAACUUCAGUGGUGACCUCUUGCAGAGUGGAGGAACAAUAAUAGUUAGUCAAGGUGGAGAGAAAUUGCUCCUGCACUUCAUACAGGAUUCACCUGGUGACUAUGUUCCCUUGGAAACAAUUGUCAAAAGCCUUGGGAUCUCGGCAAGUGUUAAAGAAGGCGUGAAACCUCAGUGCGAUGAAGAGGCCUGUACCAGAUGAUGGAGAGAAGCAGGGAAUUUCUUUAAGCAAGAAAGAAGCUAGUGUGGUGACCUUCCCUGUUCUAUCACUUCAUAGCUGCUGUAAUCUCACCUCACUGUAUCUAUAUUCAUACUUUUGUAUAAUGGCCAAAUCACUGAAGUCUGAAUAAAUGCUCUAAAGCAGA